AUGAACAUGCGCCCCCCUGCCCUGGACAGACGCGCCAGUAAACGGCACCCUCGCUUGCCCAGCCCCAUUGCGGCCUGGUUGGGCUCCCUGUCUUCCUUGGGCGACUCGGCACUGGACCGGCGGUCGAGCAGCCAUCAUCGCCAGCCGUCCGACUCCGGCGAGAGCACAGGUUUGGUCCAGCGCUGCGUCAUCAUCCAGAAAGACGAGCAUGGCUUUGGCUUCACCGUCAGCGGGGACCGGAUUGUCCUGGUACAGUCCGUUCGGCCAGGUGGAGCUGCAAUGAAGGCCGGGGUGCAAGAAGGUGAUCGGAUUGUCAAGGUGAACGGGACCGUGGUCACCAACACCUCCCACCUGGAAGUGGUGAAGCUCAUCCGAUCUGGCGCUUACGUUGCUCUCACCCUGCUGGGCUCCCCUCCUUCGUCUUCGGGCUUCCCGGGAUCGCAGCAUGACCGGCAACAGGCGGGGACCCCGCAAAUCACGUGCACGUACCCACCGCCCCCGCCACCACCACCACCGCCAUUGCCGCCGCCUGCCCACCGUGUCACCGCUGGGCCAAAGCCACCACAGGACCCGGAAGUGCAGAAACAUGCGACGCAGAUCCUCAGGAAAAUGCUGCAGCAGGAAGAGGCCGAACUGCAGCGAUGUUACGAGAUCUACAGCCAGAAUCCGGCUUCUUUGCUGGAGGAGCAGAUCGAGGGAGGACGGCGGAGGGUCAGCCAGUUGCAGCUCAAGAUUCGGCAGGAGAUGGGAGAGCUGGGGGAUGUCCUCCGGCUGUCCAGCGAUUCCAGUUCUCUCAUCUCCCGGACGACGGACGGAGGCCUCUCGCUCGACUCCCAGGAUGGCGACAGCGGCCUGGACUCGGGCACGGAGCGCCUCCCUUCCGUGAGCGAAAUCAACCGGAACUCUGUCGUUUCCGAUCCUGGCCUAGACAGUCCUCACACCUCGCCCGUUGCCGCCUCGCGGCUGUUCUUGCACCAUCGACGCCAAGGCUCCGACACCCCCUUCUCGCCCCCCGCAGAGCAGAGUUUGGAUCACAGGCUGCAAACUUCUAUCAUUGGCCCGGAAGAGGAUUACGACCCAGGAUACUUGGACAACGAGAACGACUCUCUGUUCCAAGACUUGGGGAAGCUGAAGACGCGGCCAGCCCACCUCGGAGUUUUCCUGCGCUACAUCUUCUCUCAGGCAGAUCCGAGCCCCCUGCUCCUGUAUUUGUGCGUGGACGUUUACCUGCAGAUGAGUCCCAAAGAAGCCCGGGGGCUGGGCAAGGACAUUUGGCACAUUUUCCUGGACAAAACUGCGCCCCUGAGGGUCAAGGUCUCCGAUCAGCUGUUGGCGGAAAUCGACUCCCGCCUGCGGAAUGGAGAGGACGCCCGGAGUGCAUUCCUGGAGGUUCAGGAGGCCACCAUGCCCGAGAUCCAGGAGCAGAUCCAAGAUUACAGGACGAAGCGUACGAUGGGCCUUGGGAGCCUGUAUGGUGAGAACGACCUGCUGGACUUGGACAGGGAGCUCCAGAAGGAACGCCAAGUGGCCGAGAAGCAGAUGGCGCAGCUGGGGGACAUCCUAUCCAAAUAUGAAGAUCGGAGCUCCUCCAUGAGCUUUGCCCUGAAGACCUACAUGAUCCACAUGGGCAUCUACCCGCGGGAGACCCGGCCGGCCAGCGUUGUGGAGAAGUCCCAGGAGAAGGACAAGUGGCUACCUUUCUUCCCCAAGACCAAGAAGAGCAGCAGCGGCAAGAAGGAGAAGGACACCGCGGUGGAGGACCGAAAGCGGAACCCCAUCCUCAAGUAUAUCGCCAAGCCCAAAAGCACCUCCCAGAGCACAUUUCAUGUCCCCCUGUCCCCUGUUGAAGUUAAGCCAGGCAACGUGAGGACCAUCAUCCAGCAUUUUGAGAACAGCCAGACCCACGAGGGCCAGGAAGCCGGCCUGCAGCGUCUUUCCACGGGCAGCUUCCCCGAAGACCUUCUCGACUCGGAGAGUUCCAGGGCCGAGGUCCGGCUCGGCCGGUCGGAGAGCCUGAAGGGGCGGGAGGAGCUGAGGCGACUGCGCAAGGCCGAGAACGUCCCCCGUUCCCGCAGCGAUGUGGACAUGGACGCUGCCGCCGAGGCUGCUCGGCUCCACCAGUCGGCGUCGUCCUCCGCCUCCAGCCUCUCCACCCGGUCCCUGGAAAACCCCACCCCGCCCUACACUCCCAAAAUGGGGCGCAGGAGCAUCGAGUCUCCCAGCCUGGGCUUCAGCUCGGAGGCCCUGCUGCCCCACUUGCUGGAGGACGAGCUCGGCCAGUUCUCGGACCUGGAGGGAGAGCUGGACUCCCAAAACUGGCAGCACACGGUGGGCCGGGAGGCGGCCGCCCAGCUGGCACAGCGGGAGAUCGAUCGCCAGGAGGUCAUCAAUGAGCUGUUCGUGACCGAGUCUUCCCACCUGCGGACGCUGCGCGUGCUGGACCUCCUUUUCUACCAGCGCCUCCGGAGGGAGGGGCAGCUUUCCCGGGAAGAGCUAGCCCUGCUCUUCCCCAACCUUCCGGAGCUGAUCGAGAUACACAAUUCCUUGUCGGAAUCCAUGAAAAGGCUGCGGGAAGAAGGGCCGGUGGUGAAGGAGGUCGGAGACUUGAUGCUUUCACGGUUCGAUGGGGCGGCACUUGAGGAGUUCCAGCAAGUGGCGGCCGAGUUCUGUGCCUACCAGUCCAUGGCGCUGGAGCUGAUCAAAACCAAGAAGCGGAAGGAGACGCGCUUUCAGCAAUUCAUGCAGGAGGCCGAGAGCCGCCCGCAGUGCCGCCGCCUGCAGCUGAAGGACCUCAUCAUCGCCGAGAUGCAGCGCCUGACCAAGUACCCCCUGCUGCUGGAGAACAUCCUCAAACACUCCCUGGGGCAGACUCCGGAGUACCAGAAGCUCUGCCUGGCUCGUGACCACUGCCGGGAGGUCCUCAGGUACGUGAACGAGGCGGUCAAGCAGGCGGAGAACCAGCAGCGCCUGGAGUCCUACCAGAAGCGCCUGGAUGCCACCUCGCUGGAGCGGAGCGGCAAUCCCAUCGCAGCCGAGUUCAAGAACCUGGACCUGCGAGGACGCCGGAUGAUCCACGAGGGCCCCCUUGCCUGGCGCAUCAGCAAGGACAAGACCGUGGAUCUGCAGGUGCUGCUGCUGCAGGGCCUCCUGGUGCUUCUCCAGCGUCAGGACGAGCGGUUGGUGCUGAAGUGUCACAGCCGGACGGGGUUGGGCUCCUCGGACAUCAAGCAGACCUUCAGCCCCGUCCUGAAACUCAGCUCCGUCCUCAUCCGCUCCGUGGCCACCGACAAGCGCGCCCUGUUCAUCAUCUGCACCUCGGAGCUGGGACCCCAGAUCUACGAGCUGGUCGCCGCGAGCUCCCUGGAGAAGAACACGUGGAUGGACCUCUUAGAAGAGGCGGUGAAGAGCGCCACGCAGAAGGCCACGCUGCCCAACCAGCACCAUGCCAAGGAGCUGCGGCCCCCCCGGCCGGCCCCAACCAGCUUCAUCUUCCAGGACGCCGAGGAACAACCCCCCCCUCAAAAGCCUCCCUACCUGGAGAGCAUGGCUGAGUCCGCCUUGGGGGACGUGGAGACCCUACGGAGGCUUCUCCUGCACAGCUUCCUGCCCCGCCAGGACUCCGAGCCGGACGACGACCUGACCCCCACCCCGUCAGGGCUCAGCCACAAGCGGCCCCGGGGCUCGGCGUCUGCCAGCCAAGAGCAGCCCCCUCUCCCUGGCCCUCCGGAGCCGGACGUGCAGGAGGGCCUGACCGGGCCCCCGUCCUCACGCCCCACAAGCGAUCCCGGGCCGGGCGGGGACCAGGAGGCGACGCCCCCCCCUGCGGCCCUGGCAGACGACCAGCAGUCUGAGACUCCGAGCGGCUACCUGGUGGUGCGGAAAGCUGAGGUGGAGGGCAGUAAAAGUGCUCAGCUCUCGAUGGCGAAAGACAGCCAGGCGGGCAUUGACGCCGGAGGCCCCCCUAAUGCAGAUGGAAACUGUUUCUACUUAAGCCUGCCGGCCGACUUCGAAAAGCCCCAGGCAGGUGCCAAGAGUGCCGGGGAGACGGUGGACGCUCUGAGCCGGGCACCCUCCUUGCCUACGGCGGUGCCUUUGCCCGGCUGCCAGGAGAGCACCAGGGAGACCCUGGCGAGGGGGCUGAGCAUGGCAGAGUUCCCGGCAUCCAGCCAGGGCAUGCAGGACGUGGAGGCCAUCUUCCGGACAAUAGAGCAACUCACGCGCAAGCUGUGCAAACUCAAGGACGUGGAAGGGGCAUACCAACAGCUGCUGCUCCGGCACCCCACCACACAAGCCACUCCUGGACAGGGACGCGCAUCCCCGGAGCUGAGCUGGAUGUCGCCCAGCACCCACCGGGGGUCCAGAGCCAGCCGUCCCUCUCUGCCCUCCUCCCCACAGUCUCCAGUGGCUGCCAAGCCUGACAUGAACGGGCUCUCUCUCACCCUGCCGGAAGACGGCUCCCAGGAAGUGACCCUGUAG